ACACUGAGCCCUUUGGCUAAGAUUAUUUAUGUUGAUCAUUGAGUGGGCCGGAGUUGUACAACAGUUUUUCCGUUAAUUGAGUUAUCAUCCGGCACGUUGCUGAUACAGUGUUUCCUCUAUAACGUGACUUUUAUAGCGGGAAACCGGAGAAUACACCAUGUUGUACUGCCCGCCCAACGUGACCCUCAGCGAGGUAUGGACGCAGCAUGGCAUCUCGCAUUGCUUCAUGGACACAGUGGGUCCAUCCGUAUACGGUGGAUUUCUACUGAUUUUUGGUUGCAUCCAGCUGGUGAUGUACAGAAAGUAUGCCACUCGGAUUACGGAUCCCACGCAAAUUUCCAAAUCGAGGUUGUUUGCCCUGCAACUGUUCCUUUUGCUACUGCUCCCAGUUUUAGCAGCACUACGAUUCCUGAUGAACGCACGUAUUUAUCCCGAUAGUGCGGUGUACGGGUAUAUGAUACUGUCUACAUGCAUCGUGUGCUUCUCCUACCCCUUCAGCAUCUGUUUGAUACUCAAGGAGCGGUAUUACCAGCUACCCUCGAUGCCCACCCGUGGACAUGGCCUCAUUCUGUUACUCUUCUGGACACUAGCCUUCAUCAACGAAUCGCUAGCCUUCAUAAAUCUGCGCCACGAGGACUGGUGGUUCCACCUGAAAACAAACAAGGAUCAAAUUGAAAUGGGCCUGUUUGUCACCCGGUUCUUGUGCUCCCUGCUCAUCUUUGUUUUGGGUCUAAAGGCACCUGGCAUCAUGGCUCCAUACAAUCCCCAUCAACGGCUAGACGAUUCCUCCGGUGAAUCGCAGGGAAAUGUGCAGACAGGAUCAGCUUUUAGAAAUGGCUGGCGUAAACUGCGCACCGUCUUUCCGUAUCUAUGGCCCAGAAAGAAUAUUGUUCUGCAGAUAGCCGUCAUCGUUUGCAUUAUACUUUUGCUGGCCGGUCGAGUCAUAAAGCUGUUUUUGCCGAUUUAUCGCAAGAAGUUGGUGGACAGUCUUACCAUUGCGCCAAUCCUCUUCCGAUGGGACUUUGUGCUGAUCUAUGUAGCCUUGUCAUUCCUCCAGGGAGGCGGCACUGGCAGCAUGGGAUUGUUUAAUAACCUCCGCACCUUCCUCUGGAUACGUGUUCAACAGUACACGACUCGCGAGAUUGAGAUCGAACUAUUCCGGCAUCUACACCAGCUUUCGCUGAGAUGGCACUUGCAGAGGAAAACAGGCGAGGUGCUGCGUGUCAUGGAUCGCGGAACGGAUUCCAUUAACAACCUUCUCAACUACAUUGUCUUCUCUAUUGCACCCACAAUUCUGGAUCUUCUCGUUGCAGUGGCUUACUUUAUAUACGCCUUCAAUUGGUGGUUCGGCUUGAUCGUAUUCCUCACCAUGUUUCUGUAUAUAGCCUCUACCAUUGCAAUCACCGAGUGGCGAACCAAAUACCAGAGGAGGAUGAAUCUGGCGGACAACGAGCAGCGUGCUCGUAGCGUAGAUUCCCUACUGAAUUUCGAGACUGUCAAGUACUACGGAGCGGAGCACUAUGAGGUGGACUGCUACAGGGAGGCCAUUCUCAAGUACCAAAAGGAAGAGUUUCUUUCCAUGCUGACCCUCAACAUGCUGAACACGGCCCAGAAUAUUAUUCUGUGCCUGGGAUUACUGGCCGGAUCAUUGCUCUGUGUAUACUUGGUGGUUCACCAUCAAACUCUCACUGUGGGCGACUUCGUACUCUUCUCCACGUACCUCAUGGAGCUGUACAUGCCAUUAAAUUGGUUUGGCACCUACUACAGGGCCAUCCAAAAGAACUUUGUGGAUAUGGAAAACAUGUUUGAUCUGCUCCGAGAGGAGGAAGAGAUUGUGGAUGCGCCAGGCUCUUCGCCGCUCCUUACUGCUGGCGGUGGUAUCGAGUUUUCUAAUGUCACCUUUGGCUAUUCACCGGAGAAGUUGGUGCUACGUAACGUGAGCUUCUCUGUGCCCGCAGGAAAGACGGUAGCUAUUGUGGGACCCUCUGGAGCUGGCAAGAGCACUAUCAUGCGGCUGCUUUUCCGCUUCUACGAUGUGCAGACUGGAGCUAUCCUGAUUGACGGACAGAAUAUUAAGCUUGUGCAGCAACAGAGUCUGCGAAAGGCAAUUGGCGUGGUGCCGCAGGAUACGGUCCUAUUCAACAACACAAUUUUCUACAACAUUGAAUAUGCCAAGUUGGGUGCCUCAGACGAAGCUGUUUAUGAGGCUGCUCGCGCCGCAGAUAUCCACGAAAGAAUCCUUAGUUUCCCGGACAGCUAUGAGACGAAGGUGGGCGAGCGGGGACUGCGACUCAGUGGAGGCGAGAAACAGCGAGUGGCCAUCGCCAGAACGCUUCUUAAGGCACCCAUCAUUGUCCUUCUGGACGAAGCCACUUCCGCUUUGGACACUCACACAGAGCGAAAUAUUCAAGCUGCUUUAGCUCGGGUCUGCGCUAAUCGUACCACCAUUAUUGUGGCCCACCGUCUGUCCACCGUCAUCCAUGCGGACGAGAUCCUUGUGCUGCAGCAGGGAAGUAUUGCGGAGCGGGGCAGGCACGAAGAGCUCAUACUGCGAGAAGACGGAAUCUAUGCGGACAUGUGGCAGCAACAGCUAAAGAAUCUAGAUACCGAUCAGAGUGGUGGAGGCUCCGAUAACGGAGAUUCUGGUUCAGAGAAACGUAACACAGGAGGUGCUGGACCAAGUGGUGCUGGAACGAGUGGUGCCCACUUCAGGCCAGGACAUGCUCAUGGGGGAGCACGCUAGCCUUAAGAGACGCGAACAAUUUUUUGUUAUUCCUGAUUCCAUGUGAUUUGUGGUAUAUUGUUAUACGUAUAAGCAGUUCGUCAAAGUCUAAGUUCGUUUAUAAGUAACCUUAUACGCUACUCUUAUACUAAUAAAUAACGUAGAUUUUUAUAGACAAUCCCGUGGCAGCUUAAGUGUGUUGCAAGUAAUAAUUUUGAUUGUGUCUGGUACCAAAUAAAUAUCGCAGCAUAGUGUAUUUCUAUUCUAGUA